AUGGACGACCAGUACAUGCUCGGGACCAUCUACCCCACGGCCGGCUACCUCUUCACCGAGGAGCUGGCCGUGCACUUCAUGGGCCUGCAGUCGACGGGACUUCCGGCUGGCAGCUUCAGUUUCGGCGGCGACUCGAUUUCGAGUAUGGCCCAGCAGAAGUCAAAAGUUGCGUUUGACAAGUCCACUGAUCCCACCUCCCGCUCCGAUUAG